AAGCACUGUGAUCAUCUCUACAAAAAUGACCCUGUGUCAAUGGUUGGUGCAAUUCCACGUUUGAUUUUUGCCAUGAAGAUUAUUCACAGGAUUUCCCCCCACUACGGCACAUCAGAAAAAAUCACAUUGCUUUUUGGCAAGGUAACAAACCAGAUGAUCACUGCUUGUA